AUGUACAACCUUCCUGAUAGUUUAAGCAAGAGAAUGGCUGGUAUUGGUUAUGGAUAAAAGUAAAUUUAUCCCAAAUACAUCGUAGACAUGAUUUCACUAAAUAUGUUAAAUAAGUUCCCACAUCAAAAAAAUAUGAUAUCAAGAAUUUUGCUGAAUUGAAUAUUGAAGAAAAGAAAGGAAUUUAAUCUGCUUUAGGCAGAGAAGAUAUUUGGCUUUAAGGAAUUUGGACAACUCUAACUAAAUUCACUCCAUCUCUAAAUCGUUAUUAAAUUCCAAGCAAAGUUAAAUGAAGAUAAAAGUUUACAUUUGGGUAAAGAACGCAAUCUUUUCAGAAAUUUAAUACUCUAGGUAUAUGAAUAAAGGAAUUAUCAAAAAAGGACCUGGCAAUUAUGAAUAUGAACAAGCUAUUAUAUCAAAAGGAGUUUAUCCACUCUCUAAAUUUCAGAAUUCAGAAGCAUUUAUCGUUGGAAAAGAUCAAGAAUGAUAUAAGACAUUAGGAGGUACAUUCUAAAAAUCUUCAUUAGUAAAUAAUUAUCCUGAACCAGGAAAAUAUUCACUGGAUAAUAUGAAUUCUUCUGGUAUAUACCCUAAGAAUGGGAUGAGAUCUGCAGUUUAAUAAACUUUUAUUAAGUCUAUAAGGAAAGGACCUUUUGAAAUAAAUAAAGUCACACCUGUUCCAGGAAGAUAUAAAAUGUUUUCAGAAUUUGAUUAAUGA